AUGCACGGGGCCGCGGCUGUCUUGCACAUGGCGCAGGGCUUGUCGAAAAACUUUGCACCGCCCACGCCAGACGAGGAGGCAGGGUACAUGCGUGGAAGGCCCUUCCUUCCUGUGAAAAGCGCGGGAGAUGCACACGGUCUUUCCAUAGCCAUGCUGCGAGUGCUGGCCUUGCUGCUUGCCCCCUGCCUGGCUGAGCUCGAGCAGGUCGAGCAGGCGCUGCAGACUGAGAGCUGCGAGGGAGGCCUGUCUCUGGCGCAGCUGCGGGCGCAGAAGGCCCGAGAGAAGUGUGCCAGCAGCGAGCGGAUGCAGAUCCGCUGGUCUGCGGACCCAUCCUUUUGCCUGUCCAGCGACAUGAACCGUAUCGGCAACGGGGUGCCGAUGGGGGUCUGGAAGUGCGACGAGAACUGGUCCAGCCCUGGCCAGCUUUUCAAGCAGAAUUUGCUGAACUAUGGCCAGGACGAGAGGAUCCGUAUGUAUGAUGAUCCAACGUAUUGCGUUGUGGUGGACAAUGACGAGUUCCAGGAUGGUGCAAAGCUGCUGUUGUGGGAGUGCGACGAUGCCGACGCAAACCAAGACUGGGUACUUUGGAGCGCCUUUGGUGGUGGAAGCUGCAGCGGCCAGAUCUCUGCGCUCACCAGCAAGCAGGAAUUUUGCAUGGUGGUUGAGGGCAACAACGCGGUGAUGGGCGCGGCCGUUUUGCUUGGGACCUGCAAGGGCGAGGAGCGACUGGGACCGCAAGCGCAGGCGAGGUUCAGCUCGUGGGCUGAGAAAGCGAGGAAGGCCUUCAACGAGGUGGCCUAUGACCCUGUGCCCAAGGAGGAGGAGGCGCCGUCGCCAGAUGCAGAGAAGGGCGAGGCCGGCACCUGGGCCAACUUUUCGAAGGCCGCCUCCCGGCUCAGCAAGCAGGCGACAGUCGAUGGCACUGGGGCCGAGCUCUGA